AUAGAGUAAGUUAUUAGCAUUGAAUAGAAUAGAGGAGAGUGAUCACCAUUUUUGUUUUCUUUAUCCAAAUCUAUUGAAUGUUUUAAAGUGCAAUUCGAAUAGAGAGGGGGUGAAUAUUAUUGAAUGGGUUCUUAUUCUUGAAUGUAUACAUAUUCAAAGAUUGCUAGAAUUUUGAAGAAUGACAAUCAUCUAGUGGAUAGCAUAGUAGAAUAUUUAUUAACGAGUUUUUGGGGUUUUAUUCGACAGUAUAAUCAUGUAAAUAAUGGUGAAGAGACAAAAAAUGAUUAUAGGGAUGGGAUGAAUGUGAAUUGGAACCUGAAUAAUUAGAUACAAUCAAAGUGUAGUAUUAAACAAUUGCAUAUAAAUGCAUAUAUGAUCAUUUCUACACUGUUGAAAGAAGUGGGGGAACAACAACAACAACAACAACAAAAAAGAAGUAUUUGCAUAUAUAAGUUCAUAUCCCAUGAUGGUCACUAUCAACAAGUCAGUGAGUGAAUAAGGGAACCAUAGUAACUUGAACUGUUUAUAUGAAGAGGAGUACAUAUAUAUAUAAGGAGAUGGUGUAACCGGUGGAGAAUUUUCAGUUGCAUUUAUCUUUUCAAUAUUUACUUGAGACAAUGUUAUUUCAAUCAACGUUUAACACUCAGAAUAAUAAUACUAUUCGUGAUAAUAUUAAUAAUAGUACACUAAAUUAUAACUCAUAUUGUUUCAAUCCACAACUAAAAAGUUUUUCAGACCAAAAUAGUACCCCAUUAACUCAUGAUAUAGCGUUAUCAACUGCAAGCCAAUAUACAUCUACACCGAUCAAUUUUCAUUUGAAUAGAACGGAUGAUUUCUCUAUUAGACCAACAUAUUCUUCAUCUACCUCUCCUAUUAUAAACAAAUAUGAUAUUGAUGAAAUUUUAAAUAAACCUUCAUUGAAUUCAUUCCAAUCUAGUUCAGAUGAUUCGAUUAUUUCUAAUACCGCUACUAGUACUACUAUUACUACCCAUACUAUUACUACUAAUAAUAAUAAUAUUACUGAAAGCGAAACAAAUACAUCAACAACGCAUUUCAUUGAUAAACUUAGUAACUUCCCUAAUGAAAACGUCAUCUAUCCUCAAAUCAAUUUACAAGAUGAAAUCGGCCAAGUUUUGUCAUCGUCAUCAUCAUCGUCAAAGACAGAAGUAGCCACAACAACAACAUCAACUGUACACUUAACAAAAACCACUAAUCAAAAUUCAAUAAUAGAAGAUUAUUUUUUUAACAAUUUCAAUUCAUCAGAUAUUUCAUUAUUCUGGCUACCAUAUUUAAAUAAUAUUUUUAAUAUGUAUUCAUCUUCAUUGAUCAAUCCAUCUCAAAUGACAAAUUUUAAUCAGGCAACUAUUAAUUGGCGUCUAUGGAGAACUCUUUUAAGAUAUUUAAUGUUAAAUGAAAAUGGUCAUAAACAGUUUGAUGAUGAUGCUACAUCAAUGUUUUCUUUACCUUACUUUUUAUCAACUCAUACUCCUAUGACAAUACCAGUAAAUAAUGUGAAUAAUUUCAAUUCAGUAUAUUUAUGUAAUUGGGAUCAUUUAAUGGAUUUCUCAUAUGUACCCGAUCAAAAUGUUACAUCAAUUCAAACAACACCAUUAAAUCUUGCUAUGAAAUUGAAUUCAUCAGACUAUAACACUACUAUCUCUACUACAAGUGUGACUAUUAAUACUACUAAUACUACUACUACUACUACUACAUCUACUAUUAAUACUCCUAUUAAUCAUUCACCGAAUGGACUACAUUUUAGCAAUACUCAAAAAGUGUUAAUUACGCAAUCACAUAGAAUAAAAAGUUCAGUUCAAGCAUAUGAAAUGAUCAAUGAAAACAAGAAUAUUUUCACAAGAUCGAAAACUGAACCCAUAUCAACAACAUUAUCAAUGAAUAUUAAAAAAUCAAUUUAUAAAUGUUCACAUUGUGGUCGAGGAUUCAGUAAAGCAUAUAAUAGAACAAUACAUGAACGUACUCAUACAGAUGAACGUCCAUUCGGUUGUGAUGUUUGUUCAAGACGAUUCAGACGAAAAGAUCAUUUAAGAGAUCACAGGAAGCUGAACUUCUUCAAAGAAUAAAUCAUAGGAUCCACCACUACACUCAUUUAACAUCAAAACCAUUUUCAUGUUCAAUAUGUCAUCGAGGCUUUUGUCAAUCACGUUCAUUAGAAAAUCAUAAACGUUCAAACCAUCCAAUUAAAAAAGAUGAAACCGGUACAAAAUUCAAUGAUAAUCAUUCGACUAGAUUGAUUUAUACAACAGCUAAUAUUAUUCCUAUAAAUGACAUGAAUACUAUUACUACUACUACUACUCAUAAUAAUAAUAAUAAUAGUAGUAGUAGUAGUAGCACUAGUACUAGUAUGAAUAUCUGUACUACAAAUAGUGACGUGAUCAACAUAAUAAGAAAUAAUAAGACGGUAUAAAUACAAUUUAAAUAAUGUAUUCAACAAUUGUUUUCAUGGUUAAUAUUUUGGUUUGUUUUGUUUUAAUGAAUGAACAAAAUGAAAAGAAAAAUAUUUUAUUCACUUUCUAAUGAAUGAUUCAUGUG